AUGUUGUUCUUGAUAGACCUUCUCCUUCUCGUUCCACAUUUGUGUGUUGCCUUGUCGACACAGAAAGUAACGCCACGAUCCCUCACAGUAGAACAGCAGCUACUCAAAAACUAUUUCUCUAUUACCUCUCACAUACAAGAUCCAGCACUCUACUCCGCAAGUUGGGCAGAUGCUUGUCGCUAUGAUCUCGACAAUCAAGUCUUGGUGACAACAAGAGAUGUCUCCAAGUUUGAAGUACUCUCAUUAUGCUCAAUUCAUGCGAUUGGUCUACGAGGGUAUGGAAGAAAAGGAAGCGAUUGGAUUGUCUAUGAUGAAUCAAAGGAUGGAAGCUUUUUCCUGUCAGAUUCGUCAACAUCAAAGUCAAAAGGGUUUUCGCCAAAACCAAGACCCGCCAAGCAGAGUCAGUUUCGGUAUUCAGUGCCAUUGUCUUCAGGAAAGGACGAAGUUGUGUUCUGUGACAUUAACCCUAUACGAGAAGCUCAGCCGGGGUGGAUGGGUCAUCUUGCAAGAUCACCUGCAGAUGUUAGAGGCAAAAAAGAAGUCCCGAAUUGUUGUGUCCUUCCUCUUACGACUCCCUUGUGCGCUCUCGUGUCAACGACUAACAUUUCGAUUGGAACGCCUCUGGUGAAAGUUGAUCCCAGUUCUGUUCCAGCUGAAAAAGGAGAAACGAAGGUGUUCUUCCAACGUUAUCGUAAUGAGAUCGCCGAACUGGAGCAGUAUAUGAACAUGGCACGACCCAACGAAUCUAGCACUCGGAAUUCAAAUGUCGAAAACGACACCACGGUAGUCCGUCAGUACUACAACUUCCCAACGAAGCACAAAGGCUUGCAUGAGCUGCACCAGGAUCCAAAGAUCCUUGCCAUUCCAAACUUUCUCAGCGAUUUCGAAUGCGACCGCCUCAUUCGAAAAGCAAACCCCAAUCUCAUUCCAUGUGUGACAAAGAAUCCAAAAACUGGAGCAGUCGAAGAAGACGAGUCGAGGACGAGUCGAAACACAAAUGUGCCGCAGGUUGAAGUUCCAUCCGUCAUCAACAAGCUGUGUCAGCUAGCGAAUUGCGAACCACAGAAUCUUGAAGUCCUUCAAGUGUUACACUACGCAAAGGGACAGUAUUUUAACAAACAUACAGAUGGAUUCACAGGUCCCAUCAGUGCUUGUGGUUUUAAGAACUCUGCAAGGCUGGCUACCAUUUUUGUGUACUUGAAUGAUGUGCCAGAGGGAGGAGAAACGCGAUUUACCAAGUUGGACUUGGAUGUCAAACCAGAGAAAGGAAAAGCAGUAGUCCAUUUUCCGACAUCGCUUGAGUUUGAAGAAGAUAUUAGGACAGAGCACGAAGGCAUAGCAGCAGUCGACGACAAGUGGUUGCUAGUCACAUGGGUUUGGAUGGACAAGCGUGAUGAAAUGUCAGUCUACGCGGAGCACUUUUUGGAUCCACUUGACAAUGACAUAAUAUGA